CCCCCUAAGAUGUCCAAGCCGGCCGACCACAUCAAGCGGCCCAUGAACGCCUUCAUGGUGUGGUCCCGGGGCCAGCGGCGCAAGAUGGCGCAGGAGAACCCCAAGAUGCACAACUCUGAGAUCAGCAAGCGUCUGGGCGCCGAGUGGAAGCUGCUGUCCGAGUCCGAGAAGCGGCCCUACAUCGACGAGGCCAAGCGGCUGCGCGCGCAGCACAUGAAGGAGCACCCGGACUACAAGUACCGGCCCCGGCGCAAGCCCAAGAUGCUGAAGAAGGACCGGUACGUGUUCCCCAUGCCUUACCUGGGCGACACGGAGCACCUGAAGGGUCUGCCGGUGUCCGCCGCCGCCGCCGCGGCCGCCGCCGCCGCCGCGGACUCCCUGCUGAGCGCCUCGGAGAAGGCGCGCGCCUUCCUGCCCCCGACCUCGGGCCCCUACUCCUUCCUGGACCCGGGCCAGUUCGGCCAGAAGAUGGGCGAGAUGUCGCACUCCCUGGGCGCCGCCGGCUCGCUGCCCUACGCCUCCUCCCUGGGCUACCAGAACGGGGCCUUCGGGCCGCUGGGGUGCCCCACGCAGCACACCCACACCCACCCGUCGCCCACGAACCCGGGCUACGUGGUGCCGUGCAACUGCAGCGCCUGGUCCACGUCCACGCUGCAGCCGCCCGUGGCCUACAUACUCUUCCCAGGUAUGACCAAGACUGGCCUCGACCCGUACUCGUCCGCGCACGCCGCCGCCAUGUAAUCAAAAAACAAAACAACCGCGUCGACUAUGCAUGCGCAGACGCGCGCACGGACAGAAAUCACGCGCGUUUUUGGACUUUAAAAAAACAACAAAAGAACAAGGAGAAAAGUUCCUGAGGGGACUUUGAUGUAAAUGUUUCUAUGGCCGCCGCGGGAAAUAGGAGGCCUUCAACUUUAUUUAUUGUGGACAAUUAAAUGUCGUUUCAUUUGGCGCCAUCAUAUUUCAUAUGAAAUACGGGUUUUUAUUGUUUAGAAGCUCACUUUUUCUUUCACCCACAUGCUGGAAAAAAAAGAAGAAAAAAAAAGACUUGCACGUUUCUUUUGAAAUGGAGAUAUUUUUUCUGUUUUUUUUUUUUUUGAUUUGCUGAUAAUUUGGAGGAGUUGAUGUGUAUUUUCUAUCUAAUAUUUCAUGUAAUCUAGAAGGUUCCUCUUUGGAGCAGAGAGAAUCCAAUAAAGACAAUCCGUCUUCACCCCCCC